CAGACAAACAGAACAGUGCAAAGAGACUGAUUCAACUAACCACUGACAGAUUAUUAAUGUCCUAUUUCAUUAGAGAGAGACCACGCUGCUUACUUGAGAGAGUUAUUGUUAGCUAGGAGGAAGACAUGGAGGGUUCAACGCUGACACAGAGGAGGGCUGAGUGUCAGUUGAAGGAAAGGGCGAUCCAGACAGACUACGUGAUGGAGCUGGGAGUCAGGUUGGCUCUGGUGUGGCAGACCCAGAGGGAGCAGGAGAAGGAAAUGAAGAGGAUUUGGUUUGAGACAAGGAAAAUGCCAAGCCUGAUUGAGGAGAAUGUGAGAGAUGUGACAAACCGUCCACUCACUGAGUUCAUGGCUCCCUGUAUUGACUCCCUCCCACCACUGGCUUUCACCAAUCGGAGGCCUAUACCAACCAUGUUACAUCCCCCCUCUCAAUUGGCCAUACGCGCUCAGGAGGCACAGCGGUUCAUUGUAUUUUCAUACUUUGUCCCUGCUGAGUGCCCAGUUGCCACAGAGGCCACUGCAGAUGUACGUACUGGUAAAAGAGAGGACUUAUCGACAGAUACACAUCUUUCCUCAAUGCUGCAUCGAUACCUGCCACACUUCUUUAACGAUGACUCCAUGCCACCACAGCAGACAUUAGAGGGAACCACUGAGGUCUCAGUUGCUCCAGUGGCAAAAUCUAAUAUCAAGGAAGAGGACAGAUUCUAUCCUUUCUCCCUCCCACCACUGGCUCAGCGGUUCAUUGGCAAAUCAUUCAAUGUCCCGGAAACCUCCCAGCCUGCUGUUUUAGCCACAGAGUACCGAGUUGCCAAAGAGGCUACUGCAGGCACGGCCACUGUCAAGAGAGAGAACCGAUGGGCAGCUAGAAGUCUUCUUUCAGUGCUGACUCCAUGCCUGCCAUCAGUCUUUGACGGUGACUUCAUGCCACCAGAGCAGACAGUAGAGGAUGCCUAUGAGGUCUCAGGUGCUACAGAGAACACUUCAGGUACAGCUACUGUUGAUGGAGUGGGCAGAUCAGCAGCUAAACGCCCUGUCCCAAUGCUGCCUCCAAGUCUGUCACGUGUCUUUGACAUUGACUACAAACUGCCGGGGUCGGCAGUAGAGGGAACCAACAAGUGUCCAGUUGCCAGUGGAACAACCAAUGAUGUGUCCACUCACCUAAAGGAGGACAUGGCAGCUGAUCAAAGCCCUCCUGACCCUGGAGCACUGCCUCCAAGCUCGCCAUGUAUCCGUGACUCUGACCACAAACUGACCAAGGAGAAAAAAGAGGACGCCAAUGAGUCCUCCCUUGCCACAGAGAUCACUGUAGGCACAUCCAUUGUCCAGGGAGAGGACCUGUUGGGUGAUAAAAGCCCUGCUCCAAGGCUGCCUCCAAGCUUGUCACACAUUUUGGACAAUGACCAUAAGCAGCCAGAGGAGACGAUAGUUGCGAGGGAAGCAGCUGUUUCCGUGUCCACUGUCUUCCAAGAGGAGUUUUUGGAUAGAGAGAAUCCAUCAGCAGCUACACGUCUUCCCUCAGUGCUGCCUUCAAGUCUGCCACUUGUCUUUGACAAUGACUACAAACUGCCAGAGGAGGCAGUAGAGGGCACCAGCAAGUGUCCAGUUGCCAGUGAAGCAGCCGCUUCCGUGUCCACUGUCCUCCAAGAGGAGUUUUUGGCUGGUAAAAGUCCUCCUGCACCCGCAGCACUGCCUCUAAGGCUGCCCUGUACCCACAGCAUUGACCACAAACAGCUAUGGGAGACAGUUGAGGACAACACAGAGCGCUUAGUUGACACAGAGGAAAGUGCAGUUUCAUCCACUGUCAAGAGAGAGGAACUGAUAGGUGAUAAAAACCCUGUCCUAGCACUUCAUCCAAGCCUGGCAUGCAUCCAUGACAAAGACCACAAUGAUCCAAAUCAGAAAGGGAGGGGCACUACUAAGGAGGUGUAUCUCUGCCCUCACGCUCACCAGCUGGACCCAGAUGCUAACUUAACUCUGUCAACCCACAAUGAUGAACCCAGGACCUGGACCCUGGAAGAGACAAAGGUAGGUGUCCUAUUUUACACUACUACCCUACAGGGUUGGGGGUCAGUUCCAUUUCAAUUCAAAGCAUUGAAGAGAAUUGGAAUUUUAGAGUUCUUCUUGAAUUGACUGGAAUUGACCCAAACUUGCUGCUCUUUGCUCAUAGUAUGAAACA